AAGAAAAAAAAAUGGUUGUGCAUUCGUAGUAGCCAUAGUAGUGUGUAGUGUGUCAUCAUCUGUCAUCUUGAACAAAAACCCCGGCAAAGCGCUGUGAUGCGCUACAAUUACGCUGACCGUGAUCUAAUUUAGUUACAAACUCAGUCUGGCUAGUGGAGGGUGGCCAAGUUCCUUCAGUUCCAUGGUUAGGCAAAUAGCGUGUUGUUUACACCCAGGACCGGAACACAUUAGUCGAGGUGUGUUUGCCCAGACCUCUAGAGGCGGUCACCGCGUGGGCAACUGUUUCAAGAACACUAUCUUUUAUCAUCAGCAUAGAGCAACCGAUCGUUGAUGAAGCCAAACAGGUUUGCCAUUCGUGUCGUCAGCGAGUACACGGAAUCUAGCGUUGUAGCAAGUGAAGUGGAGGAAUCCACAGAAGUGGCUACCAGCACGGCAAGGGGCACGGUAACAACGUGAAUUUCUCGCCCUCUCAGGUCCUGUAGAGCAGAUGGGCUAGGGUGCAACAAUUCCAAAACUCCAUCAUGCAGCCCACAAAGGUUCGCUGGUCGCACUGGACAGAAGCGGUGGUCUAGCGAGGGCCUCGAUCGAAUACGUGGAACUGACGGUAGCGCCCUCGGGCGAGAUGGCCACCAGUAACGAAUCUCAGUCUCCCUCAAUAUGCAUCGUCACGACUAGUUUGGAUGAUUUGCCGGACGAUCUGUUCACCGAGGAGCAGCGACUGCAAGGGGCGAUCGUGCUACACUUUAUUGCCGCCAUCUACUUCUUCAUGCUGCUGGCGUACGUCUGCAGCGAGUACUUCCUGCCUUCGGUCGAGUUUCUUUGCGAAGAUCUGAAGCUACCGCAGGAUGUGGCGGCUGCGACGUUCAUGGCGACCGCCACCUCGAUGCCAGAGUUCUUCACCAACACGAUCAGUACGCUGGUGGUGGAGUCGGAAAUUGGGCUCGGUACCAUCAUGGGCUCAAUGUUGUUCAACACGCUCGGUGUCGCCGCCCUCGUAGGACUUUUAACAAAGAUGCAUGUACAGCUGGACUGGUGGCCAAUAACACGCGACUCCAUCAUUCUAACGCUCACGACCACGCUGCUGGUGGUUUGUGUUUGGGAUGGACGGAUUGAAUGGUACGAGGCGACGGUGUUUACCGUCUGUUACGUGCUCUACUUUGUGGUGAUGUUCUACAACGAACGACUGAAAUCGUUCGCCAUGCACUACAUCCACCACAAAUGGAAUCUGUGCCGUCGGCUGCAACCGGAUGAUGUGGAGGAUGCUACACCGGAGCGGAAGUGCUCGAUAGCCGUCCUGGGACAAGGGAUCGUCAAUGGUGUGCUGGUCGGUGUUAGUGGGACGCUGGGGAAGGUAACGACAAUUCCUCCGAAUGUUACUGCCGUGGGACAGUGCUCGAAUUCUGUGCCAGCACAGCAGCAGCAACAGCAGCAGCAGCAGCAGAUCGUGGAUGGAACGGUGAUUCCCGUGCAAGGCGAUACAGAUGGUAACACGCCGAGCGUAAAGUGGUUGGAGUUAAUGCGCUGGCCGGAUCUGCGUGGUGCUUGCUGGCGCACGGUGGUGUGGUUUGUGACGUGGCCCUUUCGGAUCGUAGUGUUCCUAACCAUUCCCGAUCCGCUGCGGUUUCGAAAGCUAUAUCCGCUGACCUUUCUGUGCUGCAUCGUCUGGAUUGGGCUCAGUGCGUACAUUGUGUUUUGGAUGAUAUCGGUCAUUGGUAAUACGUUCGGAGUGCCGGACACGGUAAUGGGUAUGACGUUUUUGGCGUUCGGUGGAUGUAUGCCGGAAGCCGCCUCGGCAGUUACGCUAAUCCGAAGAGGCAACGGUGCGAUGGGUAUCUCGAACUCGCUAGGUGCCAACAGCCUGGCCAUUCUGUUCUCUCUCGGGCUACCUUGGUUCAUACGGACGAUGGUCAAUGGAGGACCGGCAACGGGGGGCUUCAUCAGUAUACAAUCGUACGGGGUACAGUACUCGGUGCUGGCCCUGUUCGCUGCCAUCCUUACGCUGUACAUAGUGCUGUACGUCGCCAAGUACACGAUCCGGAAGCUAGUCGGCGUUGCACUGGCAGUUGGCUAUCUGCUCAUAGUGACGUUCAUGAUCCUCGUAGAGCUCGACGUGUUCUUCCCGGCCAACAAUAGAUGUUGAAUGGGCGAUGGCACCUUGUUGGAAAGCAGGUCCUUCCCUUCCUCCAGUCUGUGAAGUUGUGUGGUAAUGGAUUUCUUUUUUCCAAUUGUGGCUUUCAAUCGAAGUCCCUCGUAGGUGAAGCAAACUGUUGUAAAUAGAGCAUACGUUAUGGUAAAUUAUUAUUAGCUAAUCGAUUAGACGAGAUGUGAACAGUAUUUACAUUUAACCGAUGAUCGAACUGUUGGAAGUAUCGAAAUAAAAGCGGAGGGAGAACGAUAAGUUUA